AUGUCUUCUCCAGCCAAGAUGAUCCGCCGAAAGAAGAACGUCAAGAAGGGUAUCCAGUUCUGCCUGAUGGUCUGCGGCGCCUCGGGAACUGGCCGUACUACCUUUGUCAACACCCUCUGCGGCAAGCCCGUCCUUGGCCACAAGGAAUCGGAUGACCCGUCUACUGCGCACGUCGAGGAUGGCGUCAAGAUCAAGCCCGUCACCGUCGAGCUUGAGUUGGAUGAGGAGGGAACGCGUAUUUCUCUGACCAUCGUCGACACACCGGGCUUUGGCGACCAGAUUGACAAUGAGGCCAGCUUUGCCGAGAUCGUUGGGUACUUGGAGAGGCAAUACGAUGACAUUCUUGCGGAGGAGUCGCGUAUCAAGCGUAAUCCCCGUUUCAGAGACAACCGCAUCCACGCCAUGCUUUACUUCAUCACCCCGACCGGCCAUGGCCUCCGCGAGCUUGAUAUCGAGCUCAUGAAGCGCCUUGCCCCCAGGGUCAACGUCAUCCCCGUUAUUGGCCGGGCCGACUCGCUUACUCCCGCCGAACUCGCAGAGACGAAGAAGCUUGUGAUGGAGGAUAUCGAACACUACCGCAUUCCCGUUUACAACUUUCCUUACGAUAUUGAGGAGGACGAUGAGGACACAGUGGAGGAGAACGCCGAGCUCAGAGGUCUUAUGCCAUUCGCUAUUGUCGGAUCGGAAGACAUCAUCGAGAUCGGAGGUCGCCAAGUUCGCGCCCGCCAGUACCCUUGGGGUGUCGUCGAGGUUGACAACCCGCGUCACUCCGAUUUCUUGGCUAUCCGGUCCGCGCUUCUCCACAGCCACCUUGCUGACUUGAAGGAAAUCACCCACGAUUUCCUCUACGAAAACUACCGUACCGAGAAGCUCAGCAAGAGCGUCGAGGGUGGUGCUGGGGUCGACUCUUCCAUGAACCCUGAGGACCUUGCGUCACAGUCUGUUCGCCUCAAGGAGGAACAGCUGCGCCGUGAGGAGGAGAAGCUCCGCGAAAUCGAGGUCAAGGUUCAACGCGAGAUCAACGAGAAGCGCCAGGAGCUCCUGGCCCGCGAAUCCCAGCUCCGCGAGAUCGAGGCCCGGAUGCAGCGCGAGGCUGCCGCUGCGGCUGCUGCCCAACAAGGGACUCCUUCCAACCACUCGGAGCCCAAUGGCAACCCAGAGUAA